UGCGCACAGCCGGAGUUCAUCGCCUGCGUCACGACGCCGGGUGCCAGCGCGAGGCCGGGGAGGCUUUAAGAAGCGGUGGUCGAGCGGCGGCUGGGUUUGCGCGGCUGCUUCGGCGGAUUGUUGCUCUAGCUGGAUUUGCCAAAAUGGCGGAGAAUGGAGUGGCACUAGAAAUGACUCCACUUGAGAAGAAAAUAUGUGAACAGAUUGAAUAUUACUUUGGUGAUCACAAUUUGCCAAGAGAUAAAUUUCUCAAAGAACAGAUCAAGUUGGAUGAUGGCUGGAUACCCCUAGAAACCAUGAUUAAGUUUAACAGGUUAAGUCGUCUAACAACAGAUUUCACUGUAAUAGUAGAAGGUCUCAAGAAAUCCAAAAGUGGACUUUUAGAAAUAAGUGAGGACAAAUCCAAAAUCCGCCGUUCUCCUAGCAAGCCUCUUCCUGAACUUGAGGAGUAUAAAAACUCUAUUAAAGCCAGAUCUGUCUAUGUCAAAGGCUUUCCUACAAGUGCAACACUUGAUGAGAUUAAGGACUGGUUUGAUGAAAGUGGACCUGUGGAAAAUAUACAAAUGAGGAGAACACUGCAGAGGCAGUUUAAGGGAUCAGUAUUUGUCGUCUUUGACAGUCUAGAUUCAGCUACAAAAUUUGUUGAAGCUCCAGGGUGGAAGUAUAAAGAAACUGAAAUGAUUGUACUUUUCAAAGAUGCUUAUUUUCAAAAAAAAGCCGAAGAGAGAAAGCAGCAUAAAGCAAAAUCUAAAAUUGAUAAAGAACAGCAGAAAAAUACUGAAGAUGUGCUGGCCAAGAAAUCUUUUGAAGAAAGAACUGGGUGCUUGCUGAAGUUUGCUGGUGAUUUGACCGAUCAGACAUGCAGGGAAGAUAUUCAUGAAAUAUUCUCCACUCAUGGUGAAAUACAGUGGAUAGAUUUUAUAAGGGGUGCUAAAGAGGGAAAUAUCCUUUUCAAAACAAAUGCAAAAGAAAUACUUGAAAAGGCAAAAGCAGCUCAUGAUGGAAAAUUGCUUUUGAGAGACAAAGAAGUGACUUGGGAAAUGGUUGAUGGUGAAGAGGAAAAAUCAAUUUUAAAGAAGAUAAUAGAAGACCAACAGGAAUCUCUAAACAGACAUAGAGUCAAAGCGCGAAAAGGUCGGGGUAAAGGAAGAGGUGGCAAAGGAGGCUGCGGACCACAAAGGGUACAGUUCCAAGGCAAGAAAACAACAUUUGAGGAUGAAGACAGUGAGGAAGCGCAGGAAACUGGAGAGGCUGCUACUACAAGUCCAAAGAAGCGAACACUUGAAGAAACUGAAUCUGUGAAUGAGCCUGCAGCAAAACAACCAAAAACACAAAAUGAAUCUAGUGAUCAAUGAGAUUGUUUUGUUGUAUAAAAAGAACAGAUAGAGCACAUGUCCCAUCCAAGGAGUCUUCACUGUUUAAUUCAGACAGCCUUCACAUUGCAUCUCUUCAAGGAUUUAUUUAGCUGAGAAUCGGAUGAAGUCCACUUCAAUGUCAAUCUGCAAUUUAAAACAAGUGCACUGCUGUAAAUUUGAAGAUGCCUUAAUUGCAUGCUUAAGUGUGGAUGUUUUUAUAAAAACUUUGUUAAAACAUAUUUUGGCGUAAUGCAAUAUUAGUUUCCUAUACGGAUCAUUUAAUGGUGGGAACUAAAUAUUGUGUACUUCAAGUACUAAAGAUUAACAUUUUUAUUUAUAAAAAUACAAUACUGCUAGUAUGCAAAUCUAAGCCUCAGCACAUGCAAUGGAUUUGAUACCAAUCUGUAGUUUUAUCUACAGUGAAUGCCAUCUUUAAUUGGAUCAAAAAUGAACAAAGAUUCACAAUCUAAAUGUGUAUUAAAUCUCUACGAUCUAAAUGUGUAUUAAAUCUCUAUGCUUUGGAAUGGGAAGGAAAUGCAGUCCUUCAAUAGUUGUGCACUGUUGUUAGUACAUUAGAUUAAGAAACCAAGUUGAAUAAAACCAUGGUAAUUUUCAUCAGCCCAAAUAUUUUGAUAAUUUGCAAAUUGCUUUGAGAAUUUGUUGCUAAAUUUAAGGGAAAGUUGAAAAUGACUUGAUGGUAAUUAUCAAUCUAGAAAUUGUAAUAACUUUUGUACUUUGAGUUCCUUAAAAAGUAUGUUUGGAUCUAAAAUUGAUUUCAUUUAUUGAUUUAGAACAAGGAAACAGCCUUUCAGGUCAAUUAAUCUAGGCUGCUCAUUUUAAUCAAUAUCUUGCAUAUCCAUGUAUCUGUCCAAAUGUGUUGCAAAUAUGCUGAUUGCUUCCUCUGUCACAGAUGGCAGCUUGUGCCUUAUACCCAUCACUCUGGGAAGAAACUGCCCUCAGAUCCCCUUUAAUUUCUCUUCUUAUUUUGUACCUAUGCUGUCCUGAUUUUAGACUUCCUCUAGACAGAGGAGAAUACUGCCCUUCAUGAUUUUAUAAACCUCCCUAAAACUGCCUCCAAGUUUUUCCCAUGCCAGGGAAAACAGUUCCAGCCUAUCUAGUCAAAGUUCUUCUGAGUGGUCUGCACACUCUCUAGGUUAAUCACAAUACUCCAUGUGUAGUUUAACCCAUGUUUUGUACCAUUCUACCACCUUUGUUCUAAUGGGGUGAUCUCAUUGAAACACAUGGAAUGUUGAAAGGCUUAGACAGAGUGGAUAUGGAGAGGAUGUUUCCUAUAAUGGGGGAGGCUAGAACCAGAAGGCACAGCCUCGGAAUAUUAGGAUGUCCCUUUAUAACAGAUGAGGAGGAAUUUCUUUAGUCAGGUUGGCAAAGCUGUAGAAUUCAUUGUUACCGAUGGCUGUAGAGGCCAAGUCGUUGGGUAUAUUUAAAGAAAGGGUGUCAAAGGUUAGGGGUCAAAGGGAAUAAUAAAUUAGCCACAGUGGAACAGGCUUGGACUGAAUGGCCUAAUUCUGCUCUAGUGCCUUAUGGUUUAAAUGCUGUGAUCACAGCUAGGAAAGCAUAGGCCUGUUGCCCUCUCUGACAUGGGGUGGAAUUCAAAGCAUAUCAAAUUCCUUCACGAUGAUGUCUCUGUAUUUAACCAUUUUUAGGGAACUGUGUAUUUGUAUCCCUAGGUCU